AUGACACACCGACCGACGUCAAGAUUAUUUCUUUUCAUUGGCCUUGCGCUGUUCUUCGUCCUUACCCUCACAUUCCUCCGCCAAAACUCUCCAUUAAGUCCCGAAGCGCGUGCGCCGGGCCACGUUGACAGGACGAUUCCCAAUGUUGAGAUCUCGGAUAAAAUGUUGCACGGGGCGGUGGUAACUUCGAAAAUGGGCAAUGAGACUGCGAAAGCGGAACUUGGCAGAUCAGCCUGGAGAGUGCUGCAUACCAUGAUGGCGCAGUUUCCGGAUAAACCAUCAGCGGAGCAACAAGAAACGCUACGGUCAUUCAUUUACCUAUUCUCAAGAUUGUAUCCUUGUGGUGAAUGCGCUUCCCAUUUCCAGGCGCAUUUGGCGAAGUUUCCCCCGCAAGUGUCAUCGCGCUCCGCAGCCGCUGCAUGGGCAUGCCAUGUUCAUAACGAAGUGAACAAAAUGCUUUAUAAAGAUAUCUUCGACUGUAGCAAGAUUGGUGAUUUCUACGACUGUGGCUGCGCGCACGACGAGGGUGAUAGCGAAGAUGGUGGACAGAAUAGCGUCAUGAAUCCCGUGAAAAAUGCCGAUGACCCCCUCUCAGGCAAGGCGGAGAUGAGCGGAGGCUCAGUGAAGAAAACGCCGGAUGGGAGGCAGAUUAAUGCUCAAUCGUUUCCUCCCGGCAACAAAUGGUUAACGGUAUAUUCGGCUUUGAGCGACUGA